AGUUAUUAGUCUCCGUGUCUUUUCUCCUUAUAUUCGUCUGUUUCUCUUCAUUUCCCCCUUUUCUAUCUGGUCUGCUCCCACGUCUCUUCUUUUCCUUUUUCUGUCCUCCUACAUCAUCCCCAGUGCAUAGUCAGACCUGCAGAGUCGUGUGCCUGCAUGCGGACCGCUGCCCAAAGCAGCCCCGGCCAUACCCAUCUCUGGCUUAUUGUUAAUCCUCGACAGCCUCACUGCCAACACAGCACCUCUGCUUGCUGUCCAUAUAUCCUCUAGGCUUUUCUCACUGGGAGGGUGCUUCUUUUAAAUAUUUCUUUUUCCCAUACAUCCAUGUAUCUCGUUCAGACACUCGACCAGAGUGCCUCACCAGGCUUAGGCCCUACACGAUUGUUCUUUGGUACAAAGGUUUAACAACACUACGCAACAAUGAUUCCCAAAGCCUUUUUAUUUACCCCUGUGGCUUCUCCGAAAAGCAGCUACACCCAUGGUGACGGCAAGCGUUGCCGGCGGGAUGCUUUCGGAGAUGUCUCCGACUACUACGACUUUCCUACCGAGGCUCCUUCGACAACCCACACCAGCCCGGUUGUCAUCCCUACAAAAUACGGUUCCUCUGUGAGGUCUUCGCGUCAGCUGUCCACCGAUAGUGGUCCCAAACCUCCGAAACGAUCACAGACCCUCCGUCGGGCUUCAUCGAAUGUGUCUAGCAAGAGCCGUCCUUUGCCGUCCUCCGUUGCUUCUAUCUUGGAAGCCACUGCGAUCCCGGCCCCCAGACGUAACCGGCCCACGCGCACAACCCGAAAGCUCCCUCGAAAGAUUCAUUUGGAGGAUUUCAGCAAAAUGUUGAUGGAUGAUGUGGAAGAAGACCACCUGUUGGCAGGGACUGGGAACUCCGCCUUGGAUCUUUUACUUAGUCCUCCCGAGGAGGCCGAAAGGAUGUCCAUUACAGGAAGUGAUAGUGAUAUGGCGUCUCUCUCUGGUCGAUCUUUGUCGACAGAAUCCACACCAUCGCUAGAUCAUGACUUGGACUCGCCGUCGAGUUCGCCGGGUUCGUUCUCUCCAUUCAGCCCGAGGAGUCCUUCAGAGAAGAAGUACCGGCGAGUGUCGCUUUCCGAGGAUUGUGCUUUCAACCAUCCCCUUCUCGAUACGCUGCUAUCCGAUACGGGGGUGGACGACAUGGGCCAAACAAAGGCUGCCUUGACAGGUUCAGUCUCCCCUCAGACCCCAUCUCCGUCCCGGUCAUUCGUACGAUUUGGAUCCUUCAAAUCCAAUCUGACAGCAUCGUUGCGCGCCAUCAAGUCAGCGGCUCAGACUGUGUCCGCAUUCACCACCCCGUCCGUUCAGCCGGAUGACUUUCUCACUCGAUCUUUGUUUACCAUCACGCCCGAACUGACGGACGACCGUCGACCUCCACCAAUGGACGAACCGCCGUCGCCUGCUCUUCGACGGUAUCUGAACCCUAUCAUCGUCUCGCCGGCCGAGAUGCAUAUCUACCACGAUGAACACCCUCAUGGGGCUGCUGAGGCUUCCCGAAAAAGCCCGGUUUCCAUUCAGAUGCAGACUUAUCGCCGGAGCGGGGGCCGCAGCAACCGCAAGCGUGCAUUUCACCUGGCUGGCGCAAGGGGUCGCGGGAAUCGACCAUGCUGUCCGUUUGAUCCGGAGAUUUCUCCCAUGUCGCGCCAACGAGAGCCCAGAGAAAACAGCGACUUCUUACGCGUGGUGGUCUUGGAGAUGAACAUGAGACGCAGCGGCAAGCUCCGAAACGAUAUCCCCCCACGAGCGCGGGUAUGGCUGCCACCCCGCAAAAACAGUCAACCCCGAUGUCCAUACAACGAUUACUUUUACGACGACUUUGAAGAGGAGGACGAGGAUGAAAAUGGCGUUCCAUCGCGAUGGAUUGGCAUCACUGUUUGAAUACUUUUUACUUCUUCUGUGUACGACUUAUUGCAACUUUUUUUUUUUAACUUUUGGAAAUACCAUGAGCGAGGCGUUGGGAAUUGGGAUGUGAAAUUGUUUCAUAUAUCACUUGGAAUACAGAACAACAGUUAUCUUAUCUUAUUCAUUGUUUAAUCUAUUCAUUCUCAUGCAACAUGCAACAUGACGUUCGCCAGCAGGCCCCUGCACUGUGCACAGUACGC